UCGAAACUGGAACAGAGGAAAUCGAGAAAUGGAGAAGAUGAGAUCUGGGAUUGAUGUCAAAAAUUGGGCUUCAAUACAGCAGCAAGAUCGGGAUAAGCAAAGCAGAAGUAGUUUUUGGAUAAGAAUGAAGAAGAAAAGAGACCGAAAGAAGGAGAUGGAAGCAAUGGCUUCAAAACUGGAACAGAGGAAAUCGGCAGGUGGAGAAGAUGAGAAUUAAAGAAAAAACGGGUUUGGGUUAUAAAUGUGGAGGUAUAUAUAGUGGUUUAGUAGUAAAUUUAUUAAGAUAUA